AUGCCCUCACAGAUCGUUAAUGAUGAUCCACCGAUCUUUGUCAUCGGAUUCCUCUCGCCGAUGGCAAGAGCAAAGGACUGCUUGAAGAAUUUGGUUGAUACGAAAGAAUGCGUAAUCAACAUGGUGUCGGAGCACUAUGUGGAGGCCGCCAACUCUACCUCGAUUAAUGCACCCUACGGUGAAUCAGAGUGGAAGAUCUCGAGCCUCACCCCAGUUGCCUGCUCAUCGGUCCAGCCUGCCAGAGUCAAAGAGGCAGUCUUCUCAAUCGAGGGCAAGCUACUAAGCACACAAGAAUUCGAUAGCCGUGCCAUUCCCGGCAAAAAGAGCGGAACACUUGCUAUCAUAGAGGGCGUCAAAUUUUGGGUAAGGAGUGAUGCUUUGAACAAGGAUAAAAAUCUUAUUGACCCUUCGACAGCUCUAGCUCUGUUCUGUAUCUAUUAUACUUACGGCGAAGUAGGUUCUGAGGCCAAUAAGUCGCCUCGGCGGAGUAAGCUACGGUCGGACCUUAACCGGAUUCGAACUGCUCAGAUCAGAAAUGGGUUGGAAAAUCUGCCGAGAAAUAAAUAG